CACGGCACAGCUGGGCAAGUCUGUAAGGAGCCAGAGCUCCUCCAUCUGACUCUGCACAACCCGGGCACCCGAUAAGGCUGGUGUCCCCAGCUGACGUCCCACCCGAGCACAGGGGACCCAGCAGGGCUCAGAGCUCCGUAUGGCACAGAGGGCUCUUAUCACCAGCCUGCAGCUGGCCAAGGGGAGGGGAGAUGCAGGGAUUCCCACGAUGCCUCUCUGCAAACAGCAUGGGGACACUGUGGGGACACUCCUUUCUAGCCGCGAUCUGAUGAGUUUGCAGAGAGCAAACUGAAGGUGUCUGGACCCAUCUGAACCCUUCUUUCCCACUGUCAGCCUGCAUUUCCACUUUCAGCAGGGGACAUGUCUCUGCUCCUGUUGACGUUCUGCAGAAAUGCUCAUUUCCAAGAUGGAGGGAGAAGAGAUGGAGACCCUGGCCAAUGAAGAGGAGGAGAGGAGUGAAAGAGCUGAUUUCACCCUGGACCCGAACACCGCCAACCCCUUCCUGCUCCUGGCUGACGAUGGGCGAGAUGUGAGACGUGGGGAGGUGUGGGCAUCACUGCCCGAUGGCCCCGAGCGCUUCGGCACGGAGCCGUGCGUGCUGGGAGACCGCGGCUUCUCCUCGGGGCAGCACUGCUGGGAGGUGGAGGUGGCCGACGGUGGUGACUGGUGGGCGGUGGGGGUGGCCCAGCACUCCGUCAGGAGGAAGGGGGUCCUCAGUUUUUCCCCCCAGGAGGGGAUCUGGGCUGUGGGGCAGUGGUUUGGGCAGUACUACGCUUUCACCUGCCCUGACUGGACAGCCCUGCGCCUUGCCCAGCUGCCCAGGGCCAUCCGGGUCUCCUUGGACUUUGGGGGCGGGCAGGUGGUAUUUGCUGAUGCUGAAAGCAAAGACCAGAUCUUUGCCUUCUGCCUGGCCUCAUGUCCCGAGGAGAUGCUAUACCCGUGGCUUUGGGUGGGAAAGGACUCGUGGCUGAAGCUGUGCCCCUGAUGUGGAGGGAGAAUGGAGGGCAGGAGCAAAACUGGAAAGAAGGAAACCAUCAGCCUGGCUCUCAGUGCGGGGCACUGGGAGAGCUGCACGUCCUCGCUGGUUGGUGAUUCCUCACGUGGUCCCUCUGGCCACCAAGCAGAAGGUCAGUGAUGGAUGGGGAACUGGAAGGUCUUGGGGAUGGAUGCCACACAGGAGCUUCUCCAUCCCCCUCCGCCCCACAGCAGGGGAGGCACCGAGGAGAUCACUGUAAGGGGACCCUGGGACUGAGAGGUGGGACUGCGCAUCGGCUCUGUGCGUGGCCAUGAGAAAUACAGCAGAUCCAAAGGCCUUGAAAGCUGCUGAGCGCCAUGUCUGUUUAUUUUCAGAUAAGCUCAAUGGUGAAGUAAAAAAUGUAAGAACACAGCUGGGUGCUGGAGCUCAUGAUAACACUUAUCUUCUCCGUGCAUCUGAACCCUCUCUCUCUCGGCCUUAUUUCCAGCUCUCACUGAUGUGCAUUGGGCACACUUGUCUUCCUCCACACUGCUUGCAGCAGGGCACUGGGAAAAGCUGUAGGGAUGGGCAGGGAAAGUGCGGCAGAAACGGAGGUGUCCAAAGUCCAUAGGCCAGAUCACUCCUGUGGACUCGCCAUGCUUGGAUCUCCAUCCUCCCUCCAGCUUGGUUUCCUUUUCCUCCUUCAGUCUUUCAGCUGUUCAAACACACACUGAAACAACCCAGUUCAGCCUCUCCCAGGAAUACACCUGGAGCAAUUUGCUCAGGGAAAUUCUACCCCUAGAAGCUGAUCUGUUACAGUUCCUUUACCAGAAGCAGUCAAGGCAGAUAUGCAUCAGGAGGUUGAACUUCCUUCGUGGUUUGCCAGGAAUUUACUGUUGGGAUCCAAGAAAACCAAUUAAUAUCAGGAGAGGAUUGCUGAAGAUGCACGCAUACCACGCAGCAGCCGGUUUGUUUCUUUCCCUUCUUUGCCUGUCAGGAAAUAAAGGAUGUGAGCAGUGCAUCCCUGAUAUGUGAGCAAUCUGCCUUUUUUGCUGGGCAGAAAUCUUUGCAAUCCCAAAGCAACAUCACGAUAAAAGGGAAAAAGCAGCACGUAUCUGUCCAGAACAUCACCAGCAUCCCAGAGAGGAGAUAAACAGGAGUCUGUUUUUGUGAGAUCCUGGGCAGCAAAGCUCUCACACACACCAGCAAUUUUGGCGCUAUAAAACGAGGGGGGAAGUUUCUCGUGUAUGUCUGCUGUUUAGAAUAAUACAGAAUAAUAAACUGAGUGUUUGAAAGAGGCCUUCCCCCAAAUCUCGACAUGUUUCUUGAUUGAACUCAUGGCUGUGGGGCCGGGAGGGGUGGGGGCUGCACCUCUGGGGCCUUUUGUACCACAGUGACUGUGGGGGCUGGGAGAGAAUUGGGGCUGUGGGGCACCCCAACACUCCUGGACCCCAACAGCUCUGGGAACCCAAAUGCUUCUGGCCCCACCUACAGCUCUGAGACCUUAACAGCUCCGAAACCCCCCGACAUCUUCUGGAUGCCCCCCACCCCCUGGCAGCUUUUGGACUCUGACAGCUCUGAAACCCCGACAGCUUCUGGAGCCCCCCAGCAGCUUUGAGAGCCCCAACAGCUUCUGGACCACAUCCCCACCACACGACAGAUUCUGGACCUCUCUGACAUACCCAAGACUCCAACAUCUCUGAAACCCUGACAGCUUCUGGAUGCCCCCAUGACAUCUCUGAGACCCUCUGAGAGUUUCUGGACCCUGACAGCUUUGAAACCCUGACAGCUUCUGAACUUCCCCACCCCCACAACUGCUCCAGGACCCCCUGACGGCUUCUGGGCCUCCCCGAUGUAUCAGAGACCCCCAACAGCUUUGGAUCCUGACAAAUGAAGUAGCCAACUCACGAGAACCACGAGCGAUCCUGUGAAAAAGCACAUUUUCAUGCCAGCCAUAACGAUUUAGAUCUUUCUACAAUAAGAAUUUUCUACUGGCUUCAUUAAGUCAGUAUUUCUUUCCAAGAUCACAGAAUCACAUGACUGCAGGGUACGGAUGGAACCUCUGGAGACCACCUCAUCCAAACCCCUGCUAAGGAAGGCGAUCGUCCCCCUCUGCUCUGCUCUUGUGAGGCCCCAUCUGCAGCACUGCAUCCAGGGCUGGAGCCCCAGCACAAGAAAGACGGGGAGCUGUUGGAGAGGGUCUGGAGGAGCCACAGAGAUGAGCAGGGGCUGCAGCACCUCCCUACAAAGACAGGCUGAGGGAGCUGGGCUUGUUCAGCAUGGAGAAAAGAAGGCUGGGGGUGACCUCAGUGCAGCCUGCAGUGCCUGAAGGGAGCCUGCAAACAGGAGGGGAAUCAACUCUGUGCAAGGGGAGAUGACAGCAGGACGAGGGGAAAUGGUUUGAAUGGAGGGAGGGCAGAUGGAGGUUGGAUGUCAGGGGAAGUUCUGUGCUGUGAGAGUGGUGAGGUGCUGAACAGCUGCCCAGAGAGGCUGUGAUGCCCCGUCCAUCCCUGGAGGUGUUCAAGGCCGGGUUGGAUGGGGCCCUGGGCAGCCUGGGCUGCUGUGAGAUGGGGAGGUUGGUGGCCCUGCGUGUGGUGGAUUCACAACCCUUGGGGUCCCUUCCAACCCCGGCCAUUCUGUGGUUCUGUAAGGAAGAUUCCCUACAAUGGGUUGCACAGGAAAAUAUCCAGGUUUCUGAAUAGCUCUUGAGGAGACUCCACCACCUCCCUGCGCAGCCGGUGCCCAUGUCUGUCAACUUCAAAGUAAACUCACUCCUUCUAAAGUUCAGAUGGAACUUCCUGUGUUCCAGUCUGCACCCAUUGCCCCUCGUCCUGUCACUGGGCACCACCAGAAGAGCCAUCCACCUGACUGCCAUCCUCUAGAUAUCGGUAAGAAUUGAUCAGUUCUGCUUUCACCCACUCUUCUCUUUGCUCUUCAAUCUCAGCCGGAGAAGCAGAAGCUUGACCACAGAACCUCAACCCUCUCCCACACGGACAUCAUCUCCUGCCCUCUCCCAGCUUUAAUUGCAUUCCUUCUUUCCACUUUUCCCCAUUCACCCUCUUUCUUCCUGCACCCACUGUGCCAACCGCAACCACUGCCUGCUGUGAGCCAC